UUGUUGCGCGCCGGCUCGGCUUUGCCCCUGCUGCCGGCCGGCUGGCUUCGGCGCCCCCUCGGUUCCCGGGCGCAUCCCGGCGCUGCUUCGGCUGGGGCCCUCGGACUCGGGCGCGAGUGACCGCUUCGCCACCGAUUUCCUGCGCCUGCCGGACGCGCCCAAGAGGAGCCCGAAGCUCUGCGCGGGAUCGUCCCCCCAGGCUUAACCUAGCCGCUCCGCUCGGAUUCCUCGGCUGCCCUCGCUCUGGUGGCGACUUCCUCCCCGCGACCGCGUCCCCUCCCCCUCGCCAUGAAGAAGUCGAUUGGAAUAUUAAACCCAGGAGUUGCUUUGGGGACGGCUGGAAGUGCAAUGUCUUCCAAGUUCUUCCUAAUGGCUUUGGCCAUAUUUUUCUCCUUCGCCCAGGUUGUAAUAGAAGCCAAUUCUUGGUGGUCGCUAGGUAUGAAUAACCCUGUUCAGAUGUCAGAAGUAUAUAUCAUAGGAGCACAGCCUCUCUGCAGCCAGCUGGCAGGACUUUCUCAAGGACAGAAGAAACUGUGCCACUUGUACCAAGACCACAUGCAGUACAUCGGAGAAGGCGCGAAGACGGGCAUCAAAGAGUGCCAGUAUCAGUUCCGGCAUCGGCGUUGGAACUGCAGCACCGUGGACAACACCUCUGUGUUCGGCCGGGUCAUGCAGAUAGGCAGCCGCGAGACGGCCUUCACGUACGCGGUGAGCGCCGCGGGGGUGGUGAACGCCAUGAGCCGCGCGUGCCGCGAGGGCGAGCUGUCCACCUGCGGCUGCAGCCGCGCCGCGCGCCCCAAGGACCUGCCGCGGGACUGGCUGUGGGGCGGCUGCGGGGACAACAUCGACUAUGGCUACCGCUUCGCCAAGGAAUUCGUGGACGCGCGCGAGCGGGAGCGCAUCCACGCCAAGGGCUCGUACGAGAGCGCGCGCAUCCUCAUGAACUUGCACAACAACGAGGCCGGCCGAAGGACGGUGUACAACCUGGCCGAUGUGGCCUGCAAGUGCCACGGGGUGUCGGGCUCCUGUAGCCUCAAGACGUGCUGGCUGCAGCUGGCCGACUUCCGCAAGGUGGGCGACGCCCUGAAGGAGAAGUACGACAGCGCGGCGGCCAUGCGCCUCAACAGCCGGGGCAAGCUGGUGCAGGUCAACAGCCGCUUCAACUCGCCCACCACGCAGGACCUGGUCUACAUCGACCCCAGCCCCGACUACUGCGUGCGCAACGAGAGCACGGGCUCGCUGGGCACGCAGGGCCGCCUGUGCAACAAGACGUCGGAGGGCAUGGACGGCUGCGAGCUCAUGUGCUGCGGCCGCGGCUACGACCAGUUCAAGACCGUGCAGACGGAGCGCUGCCACUGCAAGUUCCACUGGUGCUGCUACGUCAAGUGCAAGAAGUGCACGGAGAUCGUGGACCAGUUCGUGUGCAAAUAGCGGGUGCCCGCUGCCCGCGCGUCACCC